GACCCGUCCUGCGGGAGCGCCUCCUGGGCCACCCCAGACUUCACGCAGCGCUCAGUGGCUCCAAUGGUGAAGAUGACAAGGUCCAAGACUUUCCAGGCAUAUCUGCCUUCGUGCCACAGGACCUACAGCUGCAUUCACUGCAGGGCUCAUCUUGCCAACCACGAUGAGCUCAUUUCCAAGUCCUUUCAAGGAAGCCAAGGACGAGCAUACCUCUUCAAUUCAGUAGUUAAUGUGGGUUGUGGCCCUGCAGAGGAGCGGGUGUUAUUAACAGGAUUACAUGCGGUUGCAGAUAUUUACUGUGAAAACUGCAAAACCACACUGGGUUGGAAAUAUGAACACGCUUUUGAAAGCAGCCAGAAGUAUAAAGAAGGCAAAUACAUCAUUGAACUAGCUCACAUGAUCAAGGAUAAUGGCUGGGAUUGAAUGGAAAGAGCCCAGCCCUACCAGCGUGUAAGAAAAUGCCAUCCAACCGAACAUUAUAUCCAAGAGUGAGAGAGUGACUGAACGCUUGGUUCCAUGCAUUUAGAGGCUCUGCAAUUUGGGAGCAUCUUCACACCCUUCUCCAUCUUUAUUGGUGACUGGCCUCUAAAUUUCUGUCUCUCUGUCUCUUUGCUUUGUAUCUGUUUGUGAGUUGACCCUGGCUGCUUCUCUCUCUGUUCUGGCGUUGGCUCAGAGAAUGCACCGAAUGCCCGACAGCCAUUCCAUGGUGACGAGUGUUUUAAGUACAAACUGAAGCUCAGUGGUGGCAUCUUUACCAGAAGGUCUCGGUGCGGGAGGAAGACCCGAGUUUUGGGCAGGAGAAGGUGAUAGGGGGUGGGGAGUGGGCCCGAAGGGAAGUCAUCAGAAGUCGAAACUGUACUGCUCCUCUUAAGUCCUGGUUAACCAAGGCUUGAAACUAUCUACUUGUCUAAAUGGACAGAAAAAUACCUCAUGGCUGCGUUCUCUCCGAAUCGUAAAACCACUGCUCCAUUGGUGGAGCUUCAGGCUAAGCUGGCUGAGCACAAGUCGUAACCAGUUCCCCCUGCAAGCUAAUUGCAAAUCUGUGUGUUGUUUGCCAUUUAUGAACUUGUUGUCUGGGGGGAGGGAGGACCUGAAGGCUGGAGAGAUUCCCUGCCUCUCCUUUUUCUCGCUGUUUCAGGGUAGGUAGGCCAAACAUCCCAACAGAGCACAGCUGUGGGAGCAUCCUCACAGCUGGAGAAACCAAAUCCUGACUCUUGAGCCCUUUAGAGAGGAAGAGAAAUCUGCUUAAGGCACAAUGGGACUGAAG